GUUAGGAGAGUACAAGAGAAGGGUGAGAGUUACUGAAGGUGCAGCGGAAAGUAACUCUAGCUUUUUGAGUGCUCUCUGAACUUCCCAAGUGCAUCCAUAACUCAAUUUACACACAGUUAGAGCAUGAACCAAUUCUUUUAGAACAUAGACACAAGUUGUGUGUGUUCCUACAUAAAAAAGAAAAGGAAAACCCACAGGAGUGUCUUUGUAGAAGAAAUGGGAGACAUAACCCUUUAACCCUAAGAUUGACUAACAUCUAAUUUCUCCAUACAACAUCACCCCUGAAUCAAACAUUAAGGCCAUGAGAAUAAAGGAGAUGAUCUCUAACUAAAGAAGCUCUUGAUUGUUGAACACAUUCUCCUUGUCUGAACCCAAGGAAAUGUAUAGGGAGCAGUAAGGAGAAUAUGCAUACUGAUGUUAAGCCUUUACACCCAACAUCAGUAUGCCUAUUCUCCUCACUGUUGUCUAUAUGUUUCUUAAAGUGCAGAAAAGAAGAAUGUGUUUAACAAUCAAGCACUUCUUUAGUUGGUGAUCAUUUCCUUAAUCUUUGUAACCAUGGUGUUUGAAUCAUAGGCGAUAUUGAAAGGAAUCAUUAGUUUCUAGUCACUCUCAGGGAUUAAACAGUGAAGGAGUGAAGGGUUAAAGCUGACACACAACAGCAGUGUUGCCCAAACAAUCUCUUCCUUAGUCUUGAUCUGUGAUACAAAGACUUGGUUCCCAAACAAUGAAGGAAAAAAAAACUGUUUCGGACAUUGGGCUGUCUUCAUGUGCUGAUUAGGUGUUUGACUUUGCCCAAGAGACUUAAGCUGGCCCAUAAAGGGGUUGGUGUCACCCAACAAAUCCCUUCCUUAGUCUUGAUCUGUGAUGCAAAGACUUGGUCAGAAAUAAAACUGGUUCAGACACUGGACUGUCUUUAUGCACUGAUCGGUUGCUUGACUUUGUACAAGAGAUGGGAGACUUAAAGCUGACCCUUAAAGGGGUUGGUGUCACCCCCAAAAAAUCUCUUCCUUAGUCUUGAUCUAUGAUGCAAAGACUUGGUCCCCCAAAAAAGAGAGAUUUUGGACACUGGAUUGUCUUUAUGCGCUGACUGGGUGUUUGACUUUGCAUAAGGGAUGGGAGACUUAAAGCUGGCCUUUAAAGGGGUUUGUGUCACCCAACAAAUCUCUUCCAUAGUCUUGAUCUGUGAUGCAAAGACUUGGUCCCUAAAAAAAAAAAGGAAUGAAACUGUUUUGGACACUGGACUGUCAUAAUGCACUGAUCAGGUGUUUGACUUUGCACAAGAGAUGGGAGACUUAAAGCUGGCCCUUAAAGAGGUUAGUGUCACCCAACAAAUCUCCUUCUUAGUCUUGAUCUGCGACGCAAAGACUUGGUCUCUAAAAAAGAGAAAUAUAACUGUUUCGGACACUGGACUGUCUUUAUGCACUGAUUGGGUGUUUGACUUUUUACAAGAGAUGGGAGACUUAAAGCUGACCCUUAAAGGGGUCGGUGUCACCCAACAAAUCUCUUCCUUAGUCUUGAUCUGUGAUGCAACGACUUGGUCCCCAAAUAAGAGAAAUAAAACUGUUUCGGACACUGGACUGUCUGUAGGCGCAAGAAUUUGUAUUAUAAUUUUUUGUUAUUGUUGAAGUUUCAUAGUUUCGUGUCAGGUGUUUAUUUUCUCGUCUUCAUUAGUGUCCUUUGUCAGUUACCAGUUUUAUACUUGUUAUAUUUUUUUUGCAUAUCCUAGAUUUAAUGUUCGCGCGUAACUUAUUUGGUUAGUUGUCUAGUGUGCGAAAAAUAUCGUGACAUAUCUAGCUUUGGGUUUCAUGUUUUCGUAUUUGGUUUGGUCACAUUCGUCUUUUACCGUAUUCAACAAUGUGUCAAGUUUGUUCUUGUCAAGUUUGAAAUACGAGUGAUUAGCGUUUGUGGCUAUACUGUCUAGGUGUUUGACUUUGGACAAGAGACGAGUGAAUAAGGAUUGACCCACUAAGGAGUUGGUAUCGCCCAAAAAAAUCUCAGAAAAGGUUAAAGGAUAACUCAUUGUAGAUAUUUCAUACUUUAAAACUUGCAAAUAAUCGGAAAGAAACAAUUUAGACGACUUUUCUCAAUUUUGCGUCUUUUUCGUUAGAAAGUCCGAAUGUUUAUCGAUUUCGAGAGAUUUUCAAAUUUACAUCUGCAAUAUACGUUAAAUCCUUGUGCACCUCAAAAAGGAAAGAAAAGUCUAUAUUGUUUGACGACGCUCUGCGCCUUCAUUUCCUCUUUCAGGUCUCAUGAAGGUCACAUGUUUAGAAAGGUCAUGGGAAACGCGUGUUGAACUUAACUAAGGUUGAACAGAAACUUGUUAAUGAGGUGAGUUUACAACAUUGCUUUAUUGCGUACAUAUUCAUUUUGUGUGUGCGCGCAAUGUGUUAGAGUUCAACCAAAUAAACGAAUGUCCAAUUGAACAAAAUUGUUUUUGGACAGUAAGAAUAUAUUGUGUAUCCUAUUGUUAUAUUGUGGCUCAUUCGAAGUUCUUCAUUCUUUUUCUCGUAGAUUUCAUGAAGAACGACUACCGCAAGAAACCAGACUAAACUAGUCAACCUUCCAUAGGAAGCAUAAAUUGAGGUCGUUCUGUCACUCCUGCCCUUAAAGGCAGUUCUCUAGUACCUGUAAAAGCUAUCUACUUUGUGGUUAAAACAUCUUGUAAUACGCAUGUGUAUCAAGACAGACAUUUGGUUAGACAAAACGCAUGCGUUUGAAAUAAAUAUUACUACCACAACGUAGACAAUCUUUACAAAGACUUAAAAAAUCUGUCUGCACGAGGUGGGUGCGGCGGGGGAGAUUGGAUGGAGAAAAAAAACUGUAUAAAAUUAUUGUAAUAUUACUGUGUUAUAAGACUGUAAUCACAAGAAUGUGGUACUCAAGAUUGUAUUGUAGAGAAAAAAGAUUGUACUGUAAACUUAUUUAACUGUACUAAGAGAUGUUUGUAUCACAAGGUUGAUAACUUAGUAAGGGAUAAUGCGGGUGUGUUGGUGGAUGGUGAACUGGGAAUCGUUUUUGGCUUUCUUCCAAGAUUGAUAACUUUUAAGUACCAUCUAAUAGAGGCGCGUGUGGUGGGGGAUGGUGGACGGAUCGACCCCCAAUUUUUCAUUUUAUUCUCUGAAGUGGGGGUCGGUCCAAUUUUACUUUCUUUCCAAGAUUGAUAUUUGUCUCUAGUCUCAUGCCUAAAGUGAUCGUGUGCCUUGGUGUCCAGCGCUGGGUUGUCGAAGAAACCUGCAAAAGAGAGAAAAGAAAUCAAGACCAAAAAUUUGAGCCAUAAAAUACGUUGACCCCCUAUUUUUUUUUCCUUC